AUUAUUCCGGUGCUCAACAAGAUUGAUCUGCCAGGGGCGGACCCGGAACGAGUACGGGCAGAGGUGGAGGAGGUGGUGGGGCUGGACGCGUCAGACGCCAUCCUGUGUUCCGCCAAAGAGGGAGUGGGCAUUCAGGACAUCCUCGAGUCCAUCAUUGCCAAAGUGCCGCCCCCUGCUCCCACCAGAGACCAGCCCCUGCGCUGCCUCAUCUUUGACAGCUACUACGACCCAUACCGGGGGGUGAUAGUGUACUUCCGAGUGGUGGAUGGCGAGGUGCGCAAGGGCGACAGCGUGCGCUUCAUGGCGAGUGGCAAGCAGUACGAGGUGGACGAGCUGGGGGUGCUCUCGCCCACGCAGAUGCCUGUUGACUGCCUCUAUGCUGGCGAGGUGGGGUAUCUUGCAGCGUCCAUUCGCCAAGUGGCAGAUGCGAGGGUGGGAGACACAAUCACCCACGCAGGGGGAGCGGGCAAGGGUGGCCCACCGGCCAAGGAGGGGUUGCCCGGGUACAGGGAGGCGGUGCCGAUGGUGUUCUGCGGGCUCUUCCCCAUCGACGCCGACCAGUUCCCCUCUCUGAGAGAAGCGCUGGAGAAGCUGCAACUGAAUGAUGCGGCACUACAGUUUGAGCCGGAGAGCAGCAGCGCCAUGGGCUUUGGCUUCCGCUGUGGCUUCCUGGGUCUGCUGCACAUGGACGUGGUGCAGGAACCCUUGGAGCGAGAGUACAGCCUUGAUCUGAUCACAACCGCUCCCAGCGUCGUGUACCGAGUGGUGAAGCGGGACGGGUCGGUGGCGGAGUGUUCCAACCCCGCUGACAUGCCGGAUGCCUCUGUGCGCACUGAGAUCCAGGAGCCCUACGUGCGGCUGGACAUUCUGACUCCCAAGGAGUACAUCGGCACUCUCAUGGAUUUGGCUCAGGAGAGGCGCGGAGAGUUUGUGGAGAUGAAGUAUGUCACCGAGUCGCGCACCACUCUGUCCUAUGACACCCCUCUGGGCGAGGUGGUGGGGGAUUUCUUUGACCAGCUGAAGUCUUGCACCAAGGGUUACGCCAGCAUGGAGUAUAAAGUCAUCGGGUACCGCAAGAGCAAUUUGGUGAAGAUGGACAUUCAGCUCAAUGGGGAAAUCGUGGAGCCGUUGUCGGCCAUUGUGCACCAGGAAAAGGUGGGUGAGAGGUUAAAAUACACUCUGAUUGCCAUUGUGCACCAGGAAAAGGUGGGUGAAGAGGGUAAUUUACACUCUGCUGACCAUUGUGCACCAAGAAAAAGUGGGUGA